UCUUUCUCUUCUCAACAAUCCCCAUGUCAGCCCGCCUCCCCCACGCCUUCGCAGAACUGGCCACCCCCACCGGCGCCACCGCCAGCACCUCUGGCUAUGUCAACGCCGACCCACCUCAAUCAGGCGGCCUCGCCUCCUCGCCCCACGUCCCCAAGCCUGGCACCUCCAUCGACCCUGCUACCGGCAAGCCCCACACCGCCGGCCUCACGAGGACAGAGCUCGACGCGAAGAAGGCCGCUGCUAUCCAAGCUGCUGCUCCCUCAGCCCCAGCCGAGCCGCCAGUCAGCAACUCGGACGGCCUUACCACCUCUGCCGGUCUAGGCGGCGAGUGGGGGCCUGGGUUGGCUAGUGCCCCUGGUGUACCCAAGCCGGGGCAGAGUCUCAACCCCGAAACCGGUAAACCGCAUACCGCUGGUAUCACCCGGGCCGAGCUGGAGGCUCGCAAAGCCGCCCAAGCCGCUGAACUGUCGCCUUCUGAAGCCGAACACAUCAAGAGCAAGGGCGCCGACCUCCUCGAUCCUGCGCCCCAGACAGAGCAGAUCCGACGCGGUAGUUUGACCGCCCCGCCAACGGAGCGUAGGCCGAGCGAUGUGAGUGGGAGAGAACAAGCUGCUAGGCAGUUGUUGGCUGCGCAGAUCAACGAGGCGGAGACUGCUUCGCCUGGCACUUCCACGCCUGGGCAAGAGAUGCCUGGUGCAUGGGGCGACAACAAGCCUAUCCCUCUCCCUGGAACAUCCGCCAACGCUCCCACCACUCUCUACGAAGACGUCGCUGAAGGACUCGGUAAAGUCGGUCAAGCCGCCUUUUCUGUCAUCCCUUCCCCCAUCAAGGAGGCGUUCCACCAGGAAGCAACGGGCGCCCCGCGAAAGGCGUCGGAUGUGUCGUUGACCAGCAGUAGGGGUCUUGAAGCUAGCCCUACGAAUACGACGGGAAGGAGGGCCAGUGCGACGUCUAUCAUUGAUCAGGCGAGGGUACAGGCUACCAAGUUGUCGGGAAAUCUGCAGGGGACUUUGGAAAGUACCCAACGACGAGCAUCAGCCAACUUUGGUCCCGACGGCACGAUCAGAAAGCAAGUGUUGAACUUUGUCGACGAGGCUUUCCAGUCCACCAAGGAAUUGUCUAAUGCCGAGUUCGGGUUCGUCGCUUCUGGUCCUGGAGGUCCUGGUGGGCGUAUCAGCUUGGUCCCCCGUUACUCUCAAUCAGCCGAAGGGCAGUCCGCCGACAAAGCAGCUCCCUCUAGACCUACGAGCGAGUAUCUCGGUUCUGUCCCUGGCGAAAAGUCUGAUGGUACCGGCGCCUUGCCGGGGAGUAUCACCGAGACUGGUGUAGCUAUCCUGCCCGAGGAGAAGAACUUGAAGAAUGAGAGCUCCACCAACCAGAAUGUCCGACCCGGAGAAGCUUCUCCCAGCAACAGCUUCUAUGCUCCUGUCGUCACUUCUAGCACUGCCGGGCCUUCUGACACAUCUACUUCUGGCCCUUCGACCUCGUCCACUCCAGCCCCCAAACCUUCUGGCUCGCACACAGUCGUCAACGCCCCUACCGAAUCCACUUCCCGCGACGCGCCCUCCAUCCCUACCUCCUUUGCGUCCAACCCCACCGACCCUGCUUCGCAUGCUGUCCCAGCGCCGACUGAGGGGGCUGCUACGGCGUCAAAGAAGGGCGAGACUGUUGCCCCUGCGACUUCUGCUUCUGGGCCUUCGGGUGCAGGAUCUUUGGGAUCUUCGGAGCCUUUGGAGUCUUCGAGAGCUGAGGGACACUCGGGAUCGGGAUCUUUGGCUCCUGCUUUGGCGCCGGCUCUUCCUGCGACCAUCCUCGGUGCUGGUGUAGGCCACGGCGCCACCACCCUCCCCUCGUCUUCUUCCGAACCCCCGCACACCGCCGUCUCUUCCCCUGCCCUCACCGCCCCAGGAAGUUCGUCCACCCUCUCCGAAGACGCCUCUCCCAUCUCUACCACCGCUCCCAGCAUCCCAGCCGGCGUACCCCAGACAUUGCACGGGAACGACCGCACCACCUCGACUUCUUCCGUCACUGCUAUCGCCCACGGGCGCGAAGGUCUUCCUUUCGAACGUAGUGCCAAGGCUGGGGGUAUUGCGGAGAGUCCCUUGAGGGAGGGAGUGGUAGCUGGUGAAGAGCCUCUUUCGACCGCGGGGGUGAGCAAUGCGAAAAGUCUGACGCCGGGGAAGGAAGAGCAUGGUGUGGGGCAUCCUUCGUCGCAUGGGAUCGCUGGUGCGCAGAGAGACGUUAGAAAGUACCCUGCCGCAGAGCAUGGCGAGCCUGCUUCUUCUUCUUCUGGUGCCGCUGGGGAGAAGGCUGCUUUGGGUGCUGGGGCUGGAGCCUUGACAGGCGCUGCUAUUGGUGCUGGCUCUGGACGAGGUGAAGGCGCGGGGCUGGUGAGGAGUGAGAAGGAACAGUUGGGCGAUAGGGCUCGUGCGGACGUACCCGGUGGAUCCAACCUCGAAGGGGCUUCUACCUCCCACACUACUCCUUCCUCUUCCUCCGCCGCUGCUGCCGCCCCCACCUCCCAAUCCACUUCCCACACUACCGGCCACACCACCGACCAAGUCGUCGGCGUCGCCCCCGGCCAAAGCCGCGUCAGAACCGAAGAAGAAAAGCUUGCAGACCGCGAGAAGGCCGACGUACCCGGUUUCACUGAAGAGGAGGAGAAGGCGGAUAUCCCGGGGAAUGGGAGGGAUGUUCCGGGGUCCAAAUAUUUGUCUGAGAAGCCUGCUGGUGCUGGUGCUGUGGGAGCUGGAGCUGGUGCUGCGGGGACUGGAGUUGGAGCUGGAUCGGCUGCAUCGCCCGCGUCGCCUAGUACCAAGACUGCUCCUACUACUGCUACGACAUCGCAGACCACCCCCGUCAAGUCUCCCACCUCUGCUACGACCGCUUCGUCCGGCACGCCUACUUCCUCGCACACUAGAUCAGACUCUGCUGGUAGCGGAUCGGGGACUGCUAGCGCGAGUGGGACACCAUCAAAGAAGGAGAAGGGCGGAUUGUUGAAGAAGAUCAAGACUGGGCUGAAGAAGCUUUGAGAUGAUGGCAAGAUUGGAGGAAUUGAAUCGAGUGGUGAUACCAAGUGAACGAGAUUUAUAUUGAAUGGAAAGAAGAACAAUCAUGUAUCGAUAUUAGAACGGACCGCGACAAUGUAAGAGAUGAGCGGCAUGUCCAUGAUCUAGCGAGAAAAACGUGAUGCAGAAUGCAGCGCUCGAUUGUGCGGCGUCAAUGUUCAUACUAGGUC